GUUUGGCACGCCGCUCGACGGAGAGGGAUGGAAAUUGAAAUUUUCAGAAACUCUCCGCAAAGAAGAUCUUUAUCUGGAGAAGGGCCAGCGUUAUCACGACCACCGCCGGUGGCUAUGUACUGACGACCGGAAGAACUACAUGUUGACUUUCAAAGAUUUCAGGAUCGACCUGAAGGCUUCAUGUAGUUCUAUGCUCCAUGCAAAAUUUUAGUAAGCUAAAAAAACGAUUUUUUCAGGUUAAGCUGAGGCGAGGUUUAUUUCUUUUUCGUUUUUUAUCACCAGCUCGAAGAACAACUUAGCGCACCAAAAACUACCAAAGGCUUCGUUUCUUAUUUGUCACUGUGUGUUCUUGCAACACAGUGCAAAAGCCGGAAGCUGCGUCGUUCUACAUCAAAACGAACCACCACAAAAGCAAAAAAAAAAAGAACGCAACAAGCAUGUUCAUGUUGGUCAAAGACUUGUAGUUACAUAACUAGUAUACCUGCGGGAUGAAUCGAGUUUCGUACUAGGCAAAGCGAAGUGCGAGGCUGUGGCUCUUGCAGUCAUGAUCCUGGUCAUGUGCUGGCCCUCGGCUAUAAACCAAAGUCAGUCCGACAAGGAACCGGUCCAUUCUGAUUCUGUAGUUUGUUGUGUUCGAAGAUUUUCCAUCAUGUCUGCAUGCGAAGAUGAACAAAACAGCUUGAAGAUAUAUCUUGACGGAAACAAAGUGGAAGGAUCUUUCAAGAAUUUGAUGGUCCAAAAAACGGUCGUCCACGACGACCUUGAAAACCGAAAUAGGGAGACGGGAGGACAAACACAAAUGCUCUUGCGACAAACGGUGAAAUUGUGUUUCUCUCUGCAAAGUAAGCAUCCUGCUCAACAACACACGAUGAAUUUAUACAAAGUCAAACCCAAAAGGAAAAGCAUGAAAAGAAAACGCAAAAGGAGCAAAAGCGCUUGCAUAUGCAAGCUGAAGCUCUACGUCCUUGCCCUUGCGUGCGGUAUCAUUUUGAAGAUCUUGCUCGUGCAGCUUCUUCCUCAUCUCAAAACGAACGACAAAUUUCCCUUUCACAAACUUGAACCGACUUCGAAAUAUCUUCCAAAAUGA